AUGGGGCAGAAGCGCAAAGCAUCCGAGGUCCAGAAUGGCACCAGGAAGUCUGCGGCGAAAGGCGACAAAGCGGCUGGCGCAAACCGCGAUGCUCGUCCGAACAAGCCUGUCGAGGACGGGAAGCCGAAGGCGGACCUGAUAUUCGAGCCGCGCCCGGACUGGCAUGCCGCAGAGCUCCCAGAGCUGCCCACCGUCGAAAAUGCCUCAACACCACCGCGCCCUGUCCUGGACGAGCUCCACCAAUACGCCGAUACCCUCCUCGAGUCCGAGAACAAGAAUUAUACCGCUUCUCACCUCUCCUCUUCGUCCUCCUACAAGUUCAUGUCCGAUAUCAUGACCUCUGGAACGCUCGAGGACAAGGUCUCCGCUCUGACGCUGCUGGUUCAAGAAUCGCCGCUGCACACCAUGAAGUCUUUCGAAAAUUUGCUUAAUCUGGCUAGGAAGAAGAGCAGAAAUCAGGCGCUCAUGUCGCUCGGAGCCCUGAAGGACCUACUUGGUCAGGGUGUGGUACUGCCGCCUGAGAGAAAACUGCGAGCGUUCGUCAGACAACCUAGCCUGAUCAGCGCACUGCAGGGGAAGCAUGUCAGCUGGUCGACGGGCGAAAAACUCCCAGGCAGUAUACAGAAGGUCCACCUGGUCGCAUGGGCGUACGAGGACUGGCUGAAGCGGACGUAUUUCGAGCUGCUGCAGGUUCUCGAGAGCUGGUGCAACGACGAGAUCGAAUACUCCCGUAGGCAAUCGGUGAAGUUCGUCUGGGAGCUGUUGAAGGAGAAACCAGAGCAAGAGGAGAACCUGCUGAGGCUGCUGAUCAACAAGCUAGGCGACAAGGAGAAGAAGAUUGCGUCGCAGGCGUCUUAUCUCAUCCUGCAGCUGCAGAACACGCAUCCUGCGAUGAAGAUGGUAAUCAUCAAUGCAAUAGAAUCAGAGCUGCUGUUCCGCUCGGGCCAAACCGGACAUGCGAAGUACUAUGCGAUCAUCACCCUCAACCAGACGGUAUUAAGCGGAAAGGAGCAAGAGGUAGCGAACAAGCUACUGGAGGUCUACUUUGCCCUGUUCGUCAAUCUUCUCAAGAACACCAAAUCUCCAGUCGCGACCAUGAACACAAACGGACAGAUCCAAGGCGGCGGCAGCAAGCCCGGCAAGAAGGCGAACCGCAAAGCGAAGCUCAGAGAGCAAGCCGAUCAAUCAGAGGAGCAGCUCCGAGAAAGAAUGAUAGCAGCAGUACUGACCGGCGUAAACCGAGCCUUUCCCUUCUCCAAAACCGACGAUGCGACCUUUGAGAGCCAAAUGGACACCAUCUUCCGCGUCACCCACUCCUCAAACUUCAACACCAGCAUCCAGGCCCUGCUGCUGAUCCAGCAGAUCUCAGCAACCAAGCAGUACUCCGCCGACCGCUUCUACCGCACCCUGUACGAAUCGCUCCUGGAUCCUCGCCUUCUUACCUCGUCGAAGCAGCUCCUCUACCUCGAACUCCUCUACCGCUCGCUUAAGAGCGACAUCAACAUCAAGCGCGUCAAAGCCUUCGUCAAGCGCCUGCUACAGAUCAUAACACUGCACGAACCCCCCUUCACCUGCGGCGUGCUCUUCCUAAUCAGCAAACUCCAACUCACCUUCCCGAGCCUGGCCUCCAUGCUCGACACGCCCGAGACCCCGGACGACGACGAAGAGCACUUCGUCGACGCCCCCGAAGACGGCGAAACACGCCUAUCCCACCCACCUUCCUCCAACCCCGCCGACCCCGCCCCAAACCCCUCACCCCACUACAACCCGCGCAAGCGCGACCCAGCGCACUCCCACGCCGACCGCGCAUGCCUCUGGGAGCUAGUCCCUCUGGCCGCGCACUUCCACCCCUCGGUCGCGCUCUUCGCGGCCCGCCUAAGGGGCCAGCAUCCCAUGCCCGAGAAGCCGGACAUGCGCAGCCACACGCUGGUCCACUUUCUGGAUCGCUUCGCGUAUCGCAGCGCCAGGGCCAGGGCGGGGAAGACGAGAGGCGCGAGUAUUAUGCAGCCGCUCGCGGGGGCGAACACUGCGGAUCGGUUGGUUGGGGCUGAGGCGGGGAGGGGGGAUGUGGGCGCGGGCGCGGGCGCGGUGCCGGUUAAUAGCGAGCAGUUCUGGCAGAGGAGGGUGGAGGAUGUGGGGGUCGAUGAGGUUUUUUUCCAUCGGUAUUUUGAGAGGGCUAACAAGGGGAAGAAGGAGAAGAAGGAGAAGAAGAGGGAUAAGAGAAGAGAAGGGGAGGACGACGAUGAGGAUGAUGAGGAGGAGAUUUGGAAGGCGCUUGUGGAGAGCAGGCCCGAGGUUGAUGGACCGGGAGAUGAUGAGGAGGGGUUUAGCGACAUGGAGAGUUUGGACGAUGAGGAUAACGAUGCUGGGUUGGACGACGAGAUGGAUGAUGGAGACGAGGAGGGAGACGAGGAGGAUGGGGACGAGGCGCUUGUGGGUAGCGACGAGGAGCUGCCGGAUGACUUCGAAGGCUUCGGCGAGGAGCCUGAUGAGACAAAGGACGUGGAGACGAAAGGGAAAGAGGAAAAGAAGCGCAAGAAGCGGAAGCUGAAGCACCUGCCUACGUUUGCAAGCGUGGAAGAUUAUGCUAAGCUCAUAGGAGACGAUGACGAGGAAUAA